ACUUGUCUCGUCUCGACGUUCUUCAUCAAUUCGGCUGUGCGCACGCGCCGCGAUCGCGAUAAGUGAAGAUGAUGAUGACGAGGGUGAGGAUGGCGAUGAGAGCGUGACCUCAGCGCCUCCAGCGCAGCCGUGGGAGACGCGAUCGGGGUAGGGGGGCGGUGGAGGGGACUGACACACGGCGAGGGGAGGCACACAGACACACUGGAGACGACCCGGGGGAGGAAAGUGCACGACGACGCGCGCGGGGCGUCCCUCGACCGCUUCCCGUCUGCUCGCCUCCCAGAAUGUUCCGUGCUCGCGGUCCGUUCCUCCGCCACGAGAACCAGCAGCAGCAGCCGCAGCCGCCGCCGACGCCGCGUCUCCACGGAGCCUGAAGCCCAAAUGAUCACCCUCUCCGCCGACAUGGACGAGUCUUCGUCGUUGCUGGAUCUCUUGGAGUGCUCGGUGUGCCUGGAGCGCCUGGACACCACGGCCAAGGUGCUGCCGUGUCAGCACACCUUCUGCCGCCGCUGCCUGGAGAACAUCGUCAGCUCCCGGAACGAACUGCGUUGCCCGGAGUGUCGCAUCCUGGUGGACUGCGGAGUGGACGACCUCCCGGCGAACAUCCUGCUCGUUCGCCUCCUGGACGGCAUUAAACAGCGGCCUCAGCGAGGCGGCGCGGGCAGGCAGCCCGCGGCCGGGGGCUCGCUGCAGGGCUGUGCAGCCGGGAUAUCGGCGUCUCCCGCGGGCAGCGCCGCCAGAGACCUGCCCGUCGCUACCCGGAGCUCUCCUGUUAAGAAUAUCCCAGCGCUGCCUUGCGGCAAAGCGCUCUACUCUUACGAGGGCAAGGAGCCGGGCGAUUUGCAGUUCUCCAAGGGUGACAUCAUCAUCCUGCGACGCAAGGUGGACGACAACUGGUACCACGGGGAGUUGAACGGUUGCCACGGGUUCUUGCCCGCCAGUUACAUCCAGCUGCUGAGGCCUCUGAGCCAGACUCCGCCCCAGGGCAAGGCGUUGUAUGACUUUGAGGUCAAAAACAAAGACCAAGAUAAAGACUGCCUCGCAUUCAGCAAGGAUGAAGUCCUGACAGUAAUAAGGAGGGUGGAUGAAAACUGGGCGGAAGGCAUGCUGGGCGACAAGAUUGGUAUCUUCCCCAUUCUCUACGUGGAGUUAAACGAAACGGCAAAGCAGCUGAUGGAAAUCGACAAGCCGACGACAACGCCCAGUGUGCCGGGUCCGAGCUCGGAGCCGUCCCCGUUGGGUCCCUGCUCUCUCGGCCCCUCCCCCAGCACCUCGCCUUCCAAUGGAAACGGCUCGGGACAUCGGAGAGGCGAAGGGAAGAAAAACGCAAAGAAGAGGCAUUCGUUCUCAGCUCUGUCCGUUACCCAGCGAGCGGCCCAACUCAACAACCGACACAGUAUGGAGAUCUCUCACCCAGUCCUCAUCAGCUCCUCUGACCCCAGGGCCGCCGCACGCAUCCAGGAUGCAUCGUCCCCAGGUCCCUCCCCCUCCUCGGCAGGGGUACUGGUGCCCCCAAAAGUGGCAUCUAUAACCUCUGAGCUGUUGGCCCAUGCAAAAGUGCAGCUGCCUCUCAACAUCUACCUUGCGCUUUACGCCUACAAGCCCCAGAAAGCUGACGAGCUUGAACUUAGAAAGGGGGAGAUGUACCGGGUGACAGAGAAGUGUCAGGACGGAUGGUUCAAAGGCACCUCACUGAGAACGGCCGCGUCUGGCGUCUUCCCGGGGAACUACGUCACCCCCGUGUCCAGGGCUACUUUUGGAGUGGGCGCGACACGAGGCUCGUGUUUGUCCAGUCCAGGAAAUGGAGGAGGUGGUGGUUGUAGUCAGCUCAGCGGUAAAAUCUCGGAUCCCUCUUCUCCAGGGUCCCCGGGGCCCUCUUCGUCCCGUCCGUCCACGCCACUGGUCAACUGCGUCGGUCCCGCUUUGUCGCCGCAGACCGCAGCUGCGCAGCUGAAGAACUGCCUGCGCUCCAGUCAGCAUUCGGUCAACCAGACGCGCACCUCCAUGCAGCUGGUCCAUAGUUCGCCCGCCGGAAGCCCAGAGCGACCCGCAGUGGCGAUAUCUUCCCUGCGUUCUCAGAGCUCCUCCCCUUCACGUUGCGCGAGCCAAUCGGGUCGCCCGCUCUCCAUGACGUCUCCAGGACCCAGUUUGGGGCCCUCGCCCCUGUCGUCCCCCGCCUCACGGCCGCACCUGCCCCUGUCGUCUCCUUUGUCCUGCCUCACGCCUCCCAACGUGUCAGCGGUGCUACUCAACGGGGAACCGACCAUCCCCCUGCAGCCGCCCUCACCGGGUCCCUCUCAUGCACCUGCGCAGUGCGCGCUGGCCCCCAAAACAGAAAAGAAGGAGAGAAAAGCCGGAGGUUUGUUGAAGCUCCUGUCAGGAGCGGCGGCCAAGAAGAAACCACGCUCACCUACCACCUCCCCACCCACCCACGAUCCCUCCUCGGCCGGCCAAAGCGCGCUACCGACCAACCUCACCCACCACCCUCACCACCCCCACCACCACCACGCCCGUUCCGGCUCGUGUCCCAUGGUCUCUCAGGGGCGAGCCGGCUCGUGUCCCGUCGAGAUCGACAUGGCGGGGGCUGUGGGGCUGGAACCUCUGCACAGGAAAUCGGGCUCCUUGGAUACAAACUUUCCCAUGUCGCCCCCGCCAACGCGAGCUAGCAGUGUUCUAAUGGUGCUCCGGCCCGAACCCAAGCCGCUGUCCAGAGAGAGGUACCGUGUGGUUGUUCCUUACCCACCCCAGAGUGAGGCGGAAAUCGAGCUUCGCGAGGGAGACGUGGUGUUCGUCCACAAAAAGCGAGACGACGGCUGGUACAAAGGCACCCUGCAAAGGACGGGACAGACUGGCCUGUUUCCUGGAAGCUUUGUGGAAAACUUUUAAAAAGAGACACAGAAUCACUUGGCUUGAUAUUGGAGUUUCCAAUCUGCCUUAAGGAGCUAUUAACCCCCCCCCCCUUCCCCUCCUCCCAAAAAAGUUUUGAAUUCACCGGAAUUUGAGUUUCAGCGACAAGAUUCUUCCUGUGGACUUUUUACAAAGGAAAAGACAGUAGCACAAGACAUCUUCGGAAGUCUUUCUCGAUCCAGCACACUUUCACCAGGAAAGAGGAUGACCACACUUUCCCGUCCUCAUCCCGGGAGUGCCACAUCACAGGGGCCCCCCUCUGCGACUACUGAAGACGCACACGUACACUCGAAGAGCACACAAACAAAAGCUUCCCAAGUGUCAUCCACCAGCACAACAAGCAUCAGCUCGGCUUCAAAUUGCGACCUCAGAACUUCUCUCUGGUGCGUUCUUUCUUUGCAAAGACCCAAACCAGGUUCAUCGUGUUUGUGGCAAUAAGCACAUAUUUUAUUUUAUUUUUUUAACGCAAUAUGUGUUGAUGAUAAAUGUAGGGUUGCAACUAACAAUGAUCUCAAUAAUCGAUUAAUUUGUCAAUUUUUGUGUUGUUGAAUCCGAUUUUUUUAAACUGGUUUCAAUUCCAAAACGCGACAUGAUUUCAAAUCAAAAGUGCAAAUUAACCCUUUCAGGGACAGUGGUUACUACAGUGGACAGCAUAUCAAUUUAUCAGGUUAAAGGUUAUCAUUAUUGGUGCAUGAAAAGGUAAAUAACGGUUCACUUCCUGGUUAGGUAUGCAACGUGUCAAAAAAUAGGGAAACAUGUCGAGCGGUGAUUUCCAAAUUAAAGACAGAUGUUUGCAAAAAUAUCAGUUUAUUGAUUCAACACAAAUGUUAGCAUUCUGCUUUCAUGCAGGACGACAGAAAUUUGUGAAUAUUUACAGUUCAGAGGCUGAGAUUGUGAGGAUUUGGAUAUUAAAGAAAAGGUCUAGGAACGAUUAAUCGAUUCUCAAAAUAAUUCGAAAAACGAUUAUUCGUCGAUUAAUCGCUGCGCCUUGAGACAAAGGCGUGCAAACAAUGUUUUUUUUUCUCUCUUUGUGUUUGUUUGUUUUAUUAUAAAUGUUCAGAUUGAUAUUUGUGUUGUCUCAAGCUGUGAUCUGUCACUGGAUUUGUUUGUAUUUAAAACAAAAAAAACCCACCAAGGUGCAACAAGUAAUUUCAUCAUUGAUUUUUAUAUUUAUUGAAUCUGAAACUGUUCUAUUUAAUAUUUCUCCCCCUCCCCCAUGCCCACGGUGGCUUCUUGUGAGGAAAAAAAUGGCUUGCUGAAUGUAAAAAAAAGUUAUAAAAAAAACCUUGGGAUGUUUCAUUUGUAUUAAAGUUUUUUGUGUUUAAUGGGCGCAAAGAUGAGAUUGCACUCGGUGACAUUUCAGACAGCUCAACAUAUCUGCACUUCAUGUGAUUAGCAUCUGCCUCGACAAAAAAAAACAUUUUGCUUAAAAACAGCUUUUUU